AUGUCGAACUCCCCUGCCGCACCUGCUGAAGGCCACAGCUCCUUGGAAGGAAAACCCCUGGAUCCAGAUGGAUCAGACGCGGAUCUGUUUCAAUCCGGUUUUCUUGCCGAUGCCACCGUCAAGUGCGGUGACAAAACCUUCAAUGUUCACCUGCUCAUCCUCUGCCGAAGGUGCGAGUGGUUCAAGAAAUGCUUUGUCGGGCAUUACAAGGAAUCUCAAGAUCGCGAGGUCACGAUUGUUGACGAGAACCCCGAUCUGAUCGAAUGCCUCUUGUUCUACAUCUAUAGCCAAGAUGUUGAAAAGGCUGUGACCAAGCUGGCCAACAUCACCCAGUGGUCGCGGUACAAGGGCUGUGUUAUGCUUUGGAAGGCCGGGGACUUCUUCCUCCUUCCUGGCCUGAAACGGGGCACCCGCAAGCAUUUGUUUACUCUAAUCAAAGCCGAUAUCUCCCGGCUGUGCAGCAUUGAUGAUCCCACCGCGUUUUCGAUCGACGAGAUCAGCGACGCUAUUAGAGCUGCAUACACCAUCCCGAACGCCAAGUGGUGGCGAACUGCGAUAGCGGGUUUCCUCUGCAUCGCGCGGCGCAACACCCUCAAGAGCGACAAGCUGUUUGAGCUGAUGGAAGAGAUCCCCCACUUUGCAGUCGACUUCUUGAAGUCGCUUCGGCAUCCUUCACCUUCAGGAGGCGAGAUGCACAAGGGCCCAAUGAUAUGCGGCAAAUGCUUCAAACCGGUGAAGAAACCCCAAGACGGGGCUAUGUGGUAUCCACUAAGCAUCUCGGACGUAGUAGUUGUCCAGCAUCUGAAAUGCAUUGAGUGGUCAACACCUGAAGCGGGCAAGCCUUGA